ACAGUGUGCGACGCGCGAGAGUUCCCUGUGGCAAUGUCCCACUCCCUGUAUAACGUGCACUGGUCCUAAUUGUCACCUGCCGACUCCAGAUUUCAAUGGUUUACACAUAGGAAAUGUCCCGAUUUUAUUUUUUUAAUUUUUUUGAAUUGACCAUUUUAAUUAUUGUAUAAAAUCCCCCCCAUUGCUGCAUAUUAUAGGCAGCUGCUGAUAGCCCUGAUAAAGAUCCCCCUGAGGACGGAAACAGUGGGAUUCUGACAUGACAACUGGGUGCCACAAAGCUCUGCAGCGUCAGACAGUCGUAACAAAUCAUAAAAAAAGAGAGAAAACCCUACAGAACAAGUACAUAUGAUGGAGAAGGAUCCGAUGUGAGACAGAAGGUUACAUUUCUAAAAUGCUGAGGAAUUACACGUUGCGAGCCUGUGAUGGAGAAUACGUUUCACUCCGGUGUCCCCACAGAACCACCAUCAGUAUCCAGUCUUCUUUCUAUGGAAGGAACAUGCCCAGCCACCAAAUCUGCCCAUCGCGUUACAGCCAGUCAUUCGCUACAUUUGUAAAGGAGGAUGUAUCCUGUACCGCCGACACGUCUCUCCAGAAAGUGCUGGACGAGUGCCAGGACCGGAGGAACUGCCAGCUCCUCGUCAAUAGCCGUUUGUUUGGGUCGGAUCCGUGUCCGGGGACCAGCAAGUAUUUGGUUGUGUGGUACAAAUGCAGGCCAAAUGAGUACAAGAGCAAGGUGGCCUGUGAAGACGACCGCUUGCGGCUGACCUGUAAGAGGAACACCGUCAUUGCUAUCUACUCAGCUACAUUUGGACGACUCCAGGGUGGCAACCUGGAGUGUCCAUUUCAGAAUCUGGGCAUGCCUUCAGUCGAAUGCCAGUCUUCAUCCCUUCCACUCAUGACCAAGCGCUGCCAAGGCAGGAGGAGCUGCAAUGUCUAUGCCAGCACUUAUGAGUUCGGAGACCCUUGUUACCCGGGAGUCCGCAAGCACCUUAAUGUCAUCUACGCCUGUGUGCCAAAGAAACUGCUGUAUGAAACUCUGCCAAAAUCAACAAAUUUCCACGGAGUACGGCAAACACACUUCCCCCAGCCUCCAGGAACCGAUGAUCGCAAUGUGAUCCGAGAUGGAGCUUUCUUCCCCGAUCCUGCUUUCAUAACUGAACACAUUCUACCAGACAAGAAGAAAGGACAGGCAGCGGCCUUCUACCCAGUGGAUGAUAACCUCUCUAUGGGCGAGAUAGAACAUCCUAUCUCUAACCGAACCAUGGCACCCGUGGGGCAGGGCAGCACAGAGAUGGCACUGAUCAGCAAUGUCUUGGCGGCAUACUCCUUUAUCACAGAAAAUCCGGAGAGAGCGGCCUUGUACUUUGUAUCAGGGGUAUGCAUUGGCCUCAUUCUGACACUGGUGGCACUGGUAACGAGGAUAUCCUGUCGGACGGACUGUAAGAGGUCCACUGUGAAGAAGACCCCCAGGAAACAGGAGAGUGACAGCGACAGCAGCGACAGUGAUGACUCCGACACCACCUCAGACCUGUCUGCCAGGAGGCACCGGCGCUUCGAGAGGACUUUAAACAUGAACGUUUUUACGUCGGCCGAGGAACUGGAGAGGGCGCAGAGGCUGGAAGAGAGGGAGCGCAUCAUUCGGGAAAUCUGGAUGAACGGGCAGCCGGACAUCCCAGGAACAAGGAGCCUCAACCGUUAUUAUUAGGACUGCUUUUGUGCUCGGUACCUACUGGCAUCAACAAUGAGAACUUGUAUUCAUGAGAGACUUGGACGGGAAGUGCACAGGAACUAGUUAUUUAUGAGUGCAUCUCUGGCAAUCCUUCAGGUCCUCAGCAUAACAGAGAGAUGGAAAUGCCUCCACUUUCUGUUAUUCCUACAACCCCACGGGGGACAACCCGCAGAGGAACAUGAUCUGUGUGCCUGUCUUCAUUGAGACGCUAAUGAUGAUGUUUGAGGCUGGUCCUUGAUGACUCUUUGUGGUUUGAGACCAUACAGGACACGUGGGAUUAUGUUACCAGCACGGACAGCGAAACAAUGAAAUGCUGGAGAACUCUACCAUAAUUUGGGCAUUUUUUUUUUUGUUUCUUUCAGACCUAAAAUCAUCAUGGUGAUUAAACAGUCUGUAAUAUUUAAUAGGCGUUUGAAAUCUUCCUUUGUUUGGCAGCAUGUAGUACUGACACCUCAGGGAUGAUAUCUUAUUGUACUUCCAUGUUUUUUCAUGGUUAAUGUAUGGCAUUAGGAGCAGAAGUGGAUUUACACUGUAGGCAGAGGCCAAGCAAUAGAACUAGUGGAUAUAGUAAAAAGGAUAUGGUUGGGGACCCGGGACUCUGGGAGCCCCUGAAACCCCAAUAUGGGUACUUCUUUCACUUUUUGAGAAAUCACAAGCACCAUGACUGCUUAGCAGACAGAGAAAGAAGACUUUAUAAGUCAGGAAUACUGUCUGACGACACCAAUGCACAGCAGCCCCGUGAGUAUUCCAAGACGGAACGUCUCCAGUAUCUAUUAAAGUUUCCCUAUAUCUUGGCCCAGGAGCAAUUUAGCUAGAACACUGUCCACAGAGGUUCCUGGCCGUGGUUCUGUAGGAACGCCCAACCAUCUCCUUGAUGUCUGUGAUAAUGCACUGCCAUGUGUAGAGGGUAUACGGUUGCCCCUCAUACUAAGGUAUAUUGAUAAAUCUCCCCUCUAUUCAAAACAUAUAUUUAUUGUUCAAUGUAGUUUGUAGACUAUUCUAGAUGAAGAUUCAUAUAAAGCAAACUUGUUUGUAUAUUGUGUUAUGUUAUGUAUGCUAUGCAAAUCUUUAGGAGAGACGCCAAUGAAGUUUUUGUGUGUUCCUCACUGAUUGUUCCUCAUUCCUUUUACACUUGGGAUCUCACCUUCCAGAAUCCUGCCCUGGCUCAUGUCUCAGAACCUGUAGUUAUAAAACAGGUGUAUCUAUAGGAACCAGUCAUGACGUGGAUGUGACUACGGAGGCUGACCAUUUCCUGUCCUUUAACUCCCUAUAGGCAAGUGCCUUACGUUCCUAAUUAUUCAUCCGAUUCUGCUUGUGGGCUGAAUUCAUGCCACUGAUAUCUCCCUUUGGCUAGUAAUGUGCGGUGACCGUGACCUGUGAGUGAUGUGUCAGAUUAUAACAACCUCAGAGAGGUGGACAUUUGUUUAAUAUAUAUAUAAAUAUAUACCUAGGUAUUUUUGGAAAUGCUGCACGAGGAUGUGCCUUACUGAGUAUCUGUUUAACCAGCAAUGUUCCCUAUGGAUUGCAAUGAACAAUAUUUUUUAUACAUUUUAUUGAAGGAAAACAAAACAUAUCUGUAAGAGAGGCCGCAUGUGGCGGACGGAGAGAAGAACAAAUAAACCGUUUUGUUGCUCAUUUUCACAAAA